GGGAGAGUAGAUGUGAAGGCUACACGCAUGGUACAAUAACCAUGGCUACACGUACGUCGUAGAACGUCUGGAAAUCACCCGUAGGAGUGAGCAACCAGUCAUCACUAUCAUCAACAGCAAGCCAGCAACAACAUUAACCCCAAAAUAAAGAAAGGAGAAAAAUCAAAGAUAAAACGGUUAAAUGAUAAUAGGUGAAGAACGUAUCAUAUAACCUCCACCACAAAAAAAAAAGAGCUCAACCGAUAAACUAGACCACCAAAUAGGUGGCCGUUGCAAAGACAUCUGAAGAUUUUCAGCUGGUGCUGAUGUGAACAUUGUUAUCGACACGAAGCAGAUUGCGUCGUUUGACUAAUCACUGUUUCCCCAAAGAAGAAGAAGACUUCAUUGUUUUUACCGUGACUAACGUUACCACGCCAACAUGGGGAAAGGGUUUAAUAACUAUAUGUGCAAGAAGUUCUUCCAUCCAGCCUCAAGGGAUAAUCUCAAGCGGGUAUGGAUUGCUGAGCAGAAGGCUGAGGCUGAACGCAAGAAGCAGGAAGAGUUGCGUGUCCAAUAUGAAAAGGAGCAGGAACUCUACAAUAACAAGGCACUCCUGGCCAAGGGGGAGAAUAAGGAAAAACUGUCCCUUAACUUUAUGUAUGAAGCUCCUGCAGGGGUCAAGAAAGAACGGGAAAAGGAAGAAGGGGAACCAGAGUACAAGUUUGAGUGGCAACGUAAAUUCAAUGCUCCAAGAGAAAGUUACUGCAAAGAUGAUGACACCAUUCGUGACCAGCCAUUUGGGAUUGCUGUGAGAAAUGUGCGAUGCAUCAAAUGCAAGGCAUGGGGCCACAUUAAUACAGAUAAGGAGUGUCCUCUUUAUGGGCGGGUGCUGGAGCCAGCUGAGGGCUCUGGUGGCCUUAGCCAUAAGGAACUGGCUGCAGGGAUGAGAGAUGAUGGCCUGCGGCUGAAGAAUAUACCAACAGUUUCAUAUGGGAUAUAUGGCAACUCUCAAAAUCCAUUUGCUAAAAAUCAGCGGCUUGUUUCGAGUGACGAGGAGAGUAUGGAUGAGUACACACUGCUACGCUCUCUGACCAUGAAAGAGAAGAGGAAGCUCCUGAAGAAGCUAGAAAAAAUGGAUAACAAGAAAAAGAAGAAAACAAAGGAAAGUAAAAAAUCUUCCUCGUCUUCAUCCUCCUCUUCCUCAGAAUCUGAGGAUGAAAAGAAAAUAAAGAAAAAGAAAAAGAAAGAUAAAAAGAUGAAGAAAAAGAAGAAGGCUAAGACAAAAUAUAGUUCAGAUUCAGAAGAUGAAUACAACAGCAAGAGAAAAAAGAAAACAAGUAAGAAGGGAGAAAGCAAGAAACAGUCUGAGGAGAAACCUGACACUCAGGCUCUCCUCAGGGAGAUAACAAAGGGACUCAAAGUGGACUUUGUAGGAAGAGACAACCCUUUUGCAGCCACUGUUAAGACUACAACCACUACCACCACCACUGCUACUAUCAAACAGGAGAAGCUUUUUGAUGAGGAAGCUGCCUCUGUAAACAAUCAUGAAAAACACAAGAGAAGUAUGAUCCCAAGCUCAGAGAGGAGCAGAGAAAGGGAUGAGUCCCUAGAAGGUCCUUCCAAGAGAGGAAGAGCAUGGGACUUUUGGAACACGGAUGGGGGGAAAGAAAGUGAGGAAAUAAGUGAUAAAGAAAAACAGACUGAAAAUAAAAGCUGGCACAAGAGGUCAAAAAGCAGAGACAAGAGGUCAACAAGCAGAAACAGGAGAUCAAGAAGCAGAAACAGCAGAUCAAGAAGCAGAAAUAGGAGAUCAAGAAGCAGAAACAGGAGAUCGAGAAGCAGAAACAGGAGAUCAAGAAGCAGAGACAAGAGAUCAAGUAGUGACAAAGAAUCAAGGAGAGAGAAGAUGUCAAGUAGAGAAAAAAGUUCAAAGAACAGAGUUGGACGGUCAAGAAGUAGAGAGAGAAGGGUAAGAAAGAGAGAAAGGAUGUCAAGAAGCCACAGUGAGAAGUCACGAAGUAGAUAUACAAGGUCCACAAGCAGGAACAGAAGAUCAAGAAGCAGAAACUAAAGAGAAAAAAUAAAAUCACAAGGUAGAAGAGUGUCUUGUAGAAAAGGUAUUUAUAAAGAAAAAUGAAUAAAAGUUGAUUGCUGAAAAUUCAGAGAAAAACAUUCAAGAAGUAUUAAGUGACAAAGUUACUAUAUGAAGAAUAUUAAAAACAGAGUAAUCCAUACUGUAAGAAGUAAUGUUCUGUACAUACAAAUACAAGUAUUUCAACUGUACAUAUUCCCUUCUACAUUAAUUAUUUUAUAAUAAAUUGGUACCACAUACCUUAUUUUUUUUUAAUCAAUAAAAAAUAUGUAGAAUGGUUUAGAUGAUGGCCUUUAUCGAAAUGCAUUGUAACAAACCUGUAAGCAAGGAAUAUUGUGCUGCUCAUACCUGAAACCUUAAGCCAUCAGUGUCCAGCAUCCCUUAGGUACUUGACUUCAGUACUGCAUAGGGUUUUUUUAUAGAUACAUUUGCCACUGAAUUCAUGGCCUGUUUUCAUACCAGCUUUCUGUGGUGCAAACAUCUGUCCUUUAUGAUGUGUAUCUAUUCAAUAAAAGGAAGAAGAUUUUAUGAGUAUUUGCCAAUUCUAUAAUGAACUUUUGGUAAUGGAAAAGACAGAGUAAAGAUUUUGUUAUUUUAAUUAAUUAUUUGAUAAUUUUAUUUCUCUUUUUAUUUAUUUGUUUAAUUUGUUUAUAUGAUUUUAUUUUACUGUUUUCUUUUAGCACACUGAAUAGCUGUUUGUUCAUUAAAAACAUGUAAAUGAUUAUGAUGACAAGAUACAAUUUAUCUGACAACUUUGGAUUUUUUAAAAUUUUAAUAUAUUAAUGAAUUUAUUCAUAUCUAUAUUUUACUUUAUUAUUUCUUCUCUGUUUUCUGAAAGGGUCACCUGUAGGCCAUUAGACACCAGGCAUGCAAUCAUAUUUGGCUGUUUCAUUGUAGAUAAUGGGAAGAAUAUUAAUGCAGACAAAAUUUUGGAUGUUUUCUUUUAUAACAGGUUUUAUUCAACAUUAAGUGAACAUCAAAGUGAUAUUGAUUGACAGUUAUUUCUAUGUAUAUGUUAUUUUAUGUUUUAAGCUUCACUGUCAAUAAAGUAACAAUGUUUGAAAUGAUCAGACAAGAAAAAAAUAGAUUGGCAAUUACAGAAUUAAAGGCAGUAACAUGCUGAAAAUCACAAUAUGUAGUAGCAUACAUUUCCUCCAAAGAACUGCAGAGAUGUAAAUGAUGAUUGUAAUAACAAAGACACUAUAACACUUGACUUCAGCUGAGGCAGUGAAUGUCACUCAUACCAUUUGUUAAAAUAUCUUCAUAAAAACCUCAUACAUAUGAAUCUGCCAGUUACAUAAAAUAAUAAUAAUCCUGUAUUAGGGAAACUUUUACAAAAAUAUCUUGUUUUCCAUCAGAAUUAGUAAUUUUAUGAAAAGUAUUAUAUGUUGUGUGUAUAUAUAUAUAUAUAUAUAUAUAUAUAUAUAUAUAUAUAUAUAUAUAUAUAUAUAUAUAUAUAUAUAUAUAUAUAUAUAUAUAUAUAUAAUCAAUUAUGUUUACAUAUAUAGUAUUUUGUAAUUGCAUCAUGAUUAAUCUUGAUUAUUCAAUGCACUGAAAUUUCUUUAGAGAUAUGUUAAGCACUGAGUGUUGAAGUUCAGCUGCCUUGCAACACCACUAAGACAUUAACUGGGGCUUGGUUGUGUAAGACUGGCACUCCUUAGAUGACAGAUAUGAAAGAGGUAUAUUGAUAUUAAGUGAAUAAAGAUUAUGUAUACAUAAAUGUGUUUGUGUAUGAUUGUAUUCAUGUAUAUAUGCAUGUACUAUAUGCACAUGCAUAAUACGUAUGUCUCAUAACAGCCAACCAGCCAAACUCAAUCUUUUGGAAUUUUCGAUCUCCAGAUUUUCGGGGCUUUGUUUUUAAAGAUUACCUUUUAUGUGCUGUUACCAUAGGUGAUAAGAAUGACAUAAUUUAGUUAUGAAUCUAAAUACUUCAUGUGUGAAAAAUUAUUGUUUCAUAGAAGUGAAACAUGCCAAGAUGAUGUCAAGAUACAAGAACACAGUGCAAAGAGCCUAGUACAAUAAUUGUUUAGUCACUUUAGGGCUAAUACUUUUUUUCUUCUUAUGAUUGAUCACAUCAGUAAAAAGAAAUAUGAUUUUUA